AAAAACCUUCGUAUCAAGCGCAGUAUGGACUUGGAGAUCGGCAAUAUUGUCCAUCGACAUAUGCAUAAUUUAUGACAACAUGAUUUAGAAAUACAGAUCAGUAGUUACAAAUAUAAGCAGCAAUAGGUGGCACGAAAAGUAGUAGUAAAAAUAGUCACGAAUGGAGGUUAAAGUAGUGUUCACAAAAAGUGUAGGCUUAUACUAAGGGGGGCACUGUCACGAUUAUUCACUACAAAACAACUUCAACCUCUACUUUCUCCGCCCGACUCUCCCUACCCCUUCACCCCAGCUUCCCUCCUUCUCUAACGCACGGCGACGUUGUCUUGUUCAAUCGCCAGCCCAGUUUGCACCGACUUUCGAUUAUGGCACACAAAGUUCGAGUACAGAGCUAUCGGACGUUUAGGUUCAACGAGUGUGUCUGUGGGCCAUAUAAUGCCGAUUUUGACGGCGAUGAAAUGAACAUCCACUUACCGCAAACAUGGGAAGCAAGAGCGGAAGCGUACGUUUAG